AAAAGCCUCACCUUUCCGACACUCGAGCGAGAAGAGACAAGAUGGGCCAUCAGCAGCUCUUCUGGAGUCACCCGAGAAAAUUCGGUCAGGGAUCCCGCUCCUGCCGAGUGUGUUCAAACAGACAUGGCCUGAUCCGUAAAUACGGACUCAAUAUGUGCCGUCAGUGCUUCAGGCAGUACGCAAAAGACAUCGACUUCGUAAAGCUGGAUUAGAUGUGCUGUGCUGACAUCCACUGGCUAACGACAGCUGGCUGAAAUGGAAGAAAUUCAACUUCUC